CUCUCUUUGAUUCCUUCUUUCCUGGGUGGAACGAAAGCUAAAUAUCAUUUCAAAAAUGGCUGGAACUCAAUGCUGCGAGAAUCCUCCUGCUUUGGAUUCAACCAGUGGCGUUGGCCAUGUCGAAGAAAUUGGUGGUCUCAAAUCUUAUGUAUCCGCCAUUUCUAGUUCCAGCAUUGCUGUUAUUCUCAUCUCUGAUAUGUUCGGUUAUGAAGCUCCAAAGUUAAGAAAGCUGGCAGAUAAAGUUGCUGCUGCUGGCUACUAUGCUGUUGUCCCUGAUUUUUUCCAUGGAGAUCCCUACAAUCCUGAGGAUAAGAAUAGACCAAUACAAGUUUGGAUAAAAGACCAUGGACCUGUAAGUUUGUGCUCAUACUCCUUGUUGGUCAAAAAAAUCUCUUGUGAGACCGAUCUAUUCAUGCGAACAAAAGAAGAUCCCAGUGUGAUACACCUAGAAACCCAAAAAGCUCAUACCAAGCACUACUUAAAGAGGAAAAGUAAUAUAACGGCCAAGUUUCUUUACAUCGGUCUGAAAGUACCAGUUGUCAUUCUUGGGGGCGAGAAUGACCAAAUAUCUCCUCCUGAACUUUUGAAGAAGUUUUCUGAGAUCUUGAGAUCUAAGCCCGAGGUCGAUUCGUUUGUGAAGAUAUUUCCUGCAGUUGCCCAUGGAUGGGCUAUGCGAUAUGACGAGAACGAUGUCGUGGCUGUAAAAGCAGCAGAGGAAGCUCACCAGGAUAUGUUGGCAUGGUUUAACAAAUACAUUAAGAUGUUAGUGAGGGAUGAAUAGCUUUUCUGGAUAUUGUGUGCCCAUUUUAUGGACUAAUAAGAUCAUGAGUUUGAGUCAUUUGUCAAAACAAUUACGAUCUUUUUGGUUAUUGGUACUAAAUAGUGGUAAUUAGAAUGAUUUAUUGUUUAAAUUUUCAUAAUAUGUAUCAUGUCAUUCCCAUGGUAAUGAAAAUUUAA